AUGUCGGCCCUGUGCGACCCCCCGGGCGCCGCCAGCCCCCCCAGGCCGCCCCUCAGCGCCCAGGAGCUGGGCCAGGAGGUGAGCUUUCUCAGCGGGGUGGACCCCGUCCACGGCACCAAGCUCUCGCUGAAGGACCACGCGCGCUGCGCCCUCCUCCUCCUCCGCAGCCUCCCCCCCGCCCGCCACGCCGCCCUCGACCACCUCCGCGCCCUCUUCGACGAGCAGGUCUGCGCCCACCUCCUGGAACGUGAAAACGGGGGGGGAGCGGCUAAUUUAGGACGUUCAGGGGGGUCCGGAUUGGAAGAGGUGGUGCAGGAGGUGCAGCGGGUGCUGGCCGAGUUCGUCAAGGCCAAUCCCAAAGCCUGGGCCCCCGUCAUUUCCGCUUGGUCCAUCGAUUUGAUGGGGCAAUUAAGCAGUAAAUACGCGGGGCGCCACGGGGUGCCCCACGCUUCCAGUUUGAACGAGCUGCUCCAGCUCUGGAUGUCCUGCAAAGCCACCCGCACCCUGAUGGAGAUUUAUACCCAGUGCCUCUCUGCCAUGAUCGGGGGCUGCCCCGACGCCUGCGUUGAUGCUUUGUUGGACACUUCAGUCCAACACUCGCCCCAUUUCGACUGGGUGGUGGCCCACAUCGGUUCCUCUUUCCCCAACACCAUCAUCAACCGCGUCCUUUCCUGUGGCCUGAAGGAUUUUUGCGCCCAUGGGGCAGCCCCGGGGGAUUUGCUUUUCCCGGCGGCCGCCGAUAAACGGGUGCCCAAAAUCGCCUCGGUGGUGGGGAUCCUGGGCCACUUGGCCUCGCGCCACUCGGGCAGCAUCAAACAGGAGCUUCUGCGGAUGUUCCACGAGAGUUUGGGACCCGCCAGGGACCAGCACCAAAAAGCCACCGUCCCCUUCCUCCUCCAACUGGCCGUCAUGUCCCCGGCGCUCCUGGGCACCAUCUCCGAACUGGUGGAUUCCCUCAAACCCAACAUCCUCAACCAGCUCCACCAGCACUUCGUGUCCCUCCCUCGCGAGGAGCUGGAGAACAUGGUCAGCAUCGUGGUUCACCUCAUUUGCCAAACUUCCGCCGGCGCUUACCGGAUUCUCCAAUUUUUAGUUAAUACGGCCAUGCCGGCCUCCGUCAUCACCCCGCCGGGGCUGACACUGCACGACGGGGUGCGGGAAGCCUGCGACCGCAUCAUCCAACUCCUCCUCCUCAACCUGCAGAAAUUGGUUUAUAACCGCGGGAGCCCCAGUUUGGCCGAUUCUCCGCCUCGCCCCGUCCCCUUCCUGGACGCCCUCAGAUCUCACGUGCGGGACUUGUGCGUGGAGGCCUUACGCUUGGAACGCAAGCGGUUUCUUUGGCAGCACCAACUUUUAGGCCUUUUGGCCGUUUAUUCGGCCCCUCACUGCGCCACCGACGCCCUCUUCUUCCUCCUGACGCUGGCCCGCACCCAGGAGGAGCUGGCCCUGGCCACCCAGCUCUACGCCGUCCUCAGCUCCUGCCUCGCCGACCUCCUCCCGGCCACCGUCAAGACCUGUGUUUGCCAAAUCCACGCCGGCCGCUUGCCGGAACCCCAAAUAGCCCAACUUUUCCGCAAUUUGGCCCUUGUGGUGCAGUGGGAAGGGGAGAAGGCGCCAGCGGCCAUGGGGGUCCAACUUGGCGCCGUCCUGGCCCGACACCUCCACGAUUUGGCCCAAAUUCUCCUCCACCGUAACCCCGAGGUGGCCGAAGCCGCUUGUUUGCUCCUCUCCGUCUGUCCCCUGCCCCGCGCCGUCCCCCCCGCUCACCUCCUGGCCGCCGUCCGCGCCGCCAUCCAUCAAUUUUUUCUGGUUUUACGCCAUCAAAACGCCGCCGGCCUUUGUUACGGCGGCCGGUUGCUGGCCCGGCUCAGCGCUGUUUCGCCGGCUGCCGGCAAAGCCGUUCUGACACAGCUGGUGGAGGGAGCCCUGCGGGGGGGCAACGCCGAGCUUUUCGGGGCGACGGGGGAAAAAAGCGGUGGGGAAGAACCUGGGCAAGAAGGCAAAAACGCCGUUUCCUUGUUGGAUAUCAAUCGACGUUUUACGGCCACCGUGAAUUUUGCCGGGGGGGUUUGGUCGGUUUUUCAUGCCGGGGUGAUCGGGAAAGGGUUGAAAACGCCGGCGGGGCCAGGGGGGCGAGAGGCGGAGGAGCUGGAAUGCAACCUCCAAAUUUUCCUCAGCCUUUUGCUUCGCUGCUGCCGGGGGGGGGCGUUUUCCCCUGACCCCCCCUCCCUCUUGGCCAUUCAUCCCGAAGCUGCCAAAGCCGUAGCGGCUGCUUUGGUGGAAAGCGUUUGCCCGGAGGCGGCCGGGGGUGAGUUGGUUUGGCCGCCGGAGGAACAAGCCCGUGGGACGGUGGAACGGGAUUUACGGAUUUGCCGACGUUUCCGCGAUCACCCCCUACUUUUUCCCCUCCUGCGGCUGGUGGCUGCCGGGCCACCGGCUCUUUGUUACUGCUCCGUCCUCCUCCGCGGCCUCCUGGCCAGUUUGAUGGCUUACUGGGAAGCCUGUCGGGAAAACGGGACGACGGGAUCGCCCUGGCACCUCCGCGCCUCCUGCGCCCUCGUGGCCUGCAUGGCCGAGGGCUCCUUGUUGCCCCCCGUUUUGGGGAAC